AUAUAUAACCCAUUGCAUAUUUGUCGGAAGAAAAAAAAAAACCUUUCAGUUCCGGGGAGAUCUUGUCGUGUUACCCAAGAAAUUAUAAUCUGUUGAUCGGAACGCAAUGUCAGGGAUGGAACGGCUACAGAGGAUGUUCGCCGGAGCCGGAGGCGCGUUAGGUCAUCCACCACCGGACUCUCCGACGCUCGAUACAUCGGAGCAAGUUUACAUCUCCUCACUAGCCCUCCUCAAGAUGCUUAAACACGGGAGAGCGGGAGUGCCUAUGGAAGUGAUGGGAUUGAUGCUUGGUGAAUUUGUUGAUGAGUAUACGGUUCGGGUGGUGGAUGUUUUCGCUAUGCCACAGAGUGGUACUGGUGUUAGUGUUGAAGCGGUUGAUCAUGUUUUCCAAACUAAUAUGCUUGAUAUGCUUAAACAAACUGGGAGACCAGAGAUGGUGGUUGGAUGGUACCAUUCACAUCCCGGAUUUGGUUGUUGGUUAUCUGGAGUUGACAUCAACACACAACAGAGUUUUGAAGCUCUAAAUCAAAGAGCCGUUGCAGUGGUGGUGGAUCCAAUCCAGAGUGUGAAAGGGAAGGUUGUGAUCGAUGCCUUCCGCCUUAUAAACCCGCAAACCAUGAUGCUCGGCCAAGAACCACGCCAAACAACAUCCAACCUUGGCCAUCUUAAUAAACCGUCCAUCCAAGCACUGAUUCACGGGUUGAACAGACACUACUAUUCGAUAGCUAUUAAUUACAGGAAGAAUGAACUUGAAGAGAAGAUGUUAUUGAACCUUCACAAGAAGAAGUGGACUGAUGGAUUGAAACUCGAACGAUUUGAUGCCCAUUCAAAAACCAACGAACAGACUGUCCAGGAGAUGCUGAGUCUAGCCAUCAAAUAUAACAAGGCGGUUCAGGAAGAAGACAAACUGUCUCCGGAGAAGCUAGCAAUUGCAAAUGUGGGAAGACAGGAUGCAAAGAAACAUCUAGAAGAACAUGUCUCCAAUCUCAUGUCAUCCAAUAUCAUUCAGACAUUAGGUACAAUGCUCGACACGGUUUCUUUCUAGAGUUCUGAUCAUUCGUGUUUUGGUACAUUAUUGACCGUGCUUUUUUACUUGAUUUAAUAUCUUUUUACAAGACUCGUGUACACAUGAUUUUGUUCAACACAAAUCUGCCCUUAUUGGACUCGUGUGUCGAACAAGUAGAAAGUAAUCAAAAGUUUAUUUAGGUUCUUAUAACCUAAGUUACCUUGUUUUUUUAUA